AUGGAGAGCCGUGGCGACAACGACAGUGAGCAGAGCUUGUCCACGGCGGAGGCGACGCUGCGGCACAUAGAGUAUGUGGUUAUGACUUUGGAUCACAUGAACGAGCAGCUAUCAGACUUUCGUGGUAUGAAGGCUUCCCUGGCAAGGCUUGAAAGGAGCCUCCGGACCACACCAUCCGACGCUGAUCACGGAACCAAGGCCCAGGAUACAGGGCGGCUUGGCAAGCCUUCGGAUGGCCACGGAAGCAGGUCUCUGGAUGCAGGAAUUCACAGACGUUCGGAUGGCUCGAUGACGUCGGCAGCCAGAAACGGUGAAGUGAUCCAAACUCCGAAGCUGAGCUCAGAACUUCUUUCGUCUAUAUAUGGACUUGAAGCUGCCAGGGCCGAGGAGUUACGCAGCAGACGAAGAGGUGCCAGGGGAAGUCCAAGAAAGCCUGCGGGUGAGGCCGACAUGCUCGGCCUCUUCCAGCGCAGCUCACAUGACUCUCCGUCCUCGCGGAAGCCGUCCAGAUCUGCUUCCUUGUCAGCCAUUAAACCGGACCGCGCUGAUGCGGACAUUAUCCCAGAAGCUCCUCCGAGCAUACAACCACGGGCUCCUACGUCGCCGCCUGCUGUUUGUCGGAGGAAGUCCUUAGACGAUCUUCGCCAGUUUCACGAUGCAGUCAUUGCCUCCCCCGCCUUGCCGACUCCGAGCUCACGCCGGAAUAGCCUGGAGACGGCAACUGCAGUGCCCCGACUCGGAUGGUUCCUGCUGUCGAUGAUCGGCAUACUCGACUUCUUCGACGGCAGGAAGUGGCGAUGCCUUGCAAGGUGUAGCCUGCUGAUACAGACUGUGGGCGUUAUCAGUCUGGUAGCGGCCAUGAGUACAUGGACUGGUGAUUUCGAGGACCUCGAGCCUCUGAUCACAACGGCGCUUUACUUCUUUGGUGUAGCUGCGGGGGUUUUCAGCCUUCGGAGGAACAAGAUCACCUGCCUCCUGGGGCCAUCCGAGUACAUGAUGGAUGACUAUGCACUCGAGUCGGACUUUUUGGACGACUGGAGAAAGCUUUCCAAGGCACGCCUUUUCCAGAUAAGCGGCUUUUUCCUCCUCAUGGUCAGUUCGCGAGUGGGCGCGCUGUUUCUGACAGACCAGGAAAUCUUCGGGAAGUACAAGGAGGUCUUUGGCUUCGAUCUCGUCACGUUGGUGGGCUUCACUGCAAUGGCGGUAUGCUACUGCACGGCGUGCUACUGCGUGCUGCAUGUAACUGCAGGUUUGGAGCUUGCAGUGGACAGCUUUGCAUUGCGCUUUUAUAGCACAGGCGACAUGGAGGCCGCAGUGAUGAGUUGGAACAUCGUUCAAGCCACUUUGCGACAGACUUCGUGCAAACUCAGCAACUUCCUGGUGCUCCUCGCUUCCUCCUGCAUGGGGACUUUGAUCUUGUUUGCAUACCAGGUCCUGUCCCUGACUCUAUCUGGUGAAGGAGCAUCCCUCCUCAACAUUAUCAAGUGGCUUGGAUGGUUGUACUCUCCCGUGGUUCUGCUUCUGUACGUCCUCUCGACAGCAGCAGCUGUGACGGAGAAGGUCGAUCGCUUGGCACCGCUUGUGAAUUCCUGGUCGUUCGAUGGUCGGGAGACAUUAGACGACUCGAGGCAGUAUGUGGUGUCAUAUAUCCUGCAUAGCCAUGCAGGUUUCUAUGCCCGAGGUAUUCGCAUUACAUCUUCGAGCGUGCAACAACUGGUCUAUUACUUCGCAGCUGGGUCGUUCGGCCUCCUCACCAACCUGUGGCAGAGGUAA